AUGAAUUCGCUUGGUCUCAGCGAUGCUGAUUUUGUGGCAGAGGCGACAAAUCUGAUCAACACACGAUGGAUGCUCAGCAGUCGCAUAGGAAUGGGCCUUUGCGGUCAUCACGCGGUAGACACGUAUGGAACAUCUCACGCCGGAGAGUCAACAUCAUUGCUUGACAUGUGUGUCUCAAACAUCUCAACGGAAAGCCGUCCUUCCAGGUGCAUGUACAGCCGUUGUACUUGAGGCGCAGGCACAACGUCGAACAGCAGCACACGAAUCAUGUAAGUGAAAUCCCGGCAAUGACUCUACUCGUGACUACAGGGAUCCAUUCGCGCCUUAA